CUUUGUUCUUCUUUUAUUUUUUAUUCCCUCCAACUCUAUUGGCCGAGACCCUCUCUGGCCCUCCUCUUGCCCCGCCAGGUCGCCUCCUCCAGUGGCCAGCAAUACCUCUUGCGUGCCCGCGGAAGCCGAUGUGCCCACCAUCGUGUAUGAGGGCCUUCACCCUUCUGCUCUUCCGGUUCAUAUGAGCGAGUGUGCUCUCGUUGAUGGCUGUCCACUGCAGGCCAUGUCCAUAGCCAUGAGGCCACUGCUGACAAUGUGGCGUCCCGUCCGCUGCAGCCGGGAAAAAAGAUCGACAGCGGAAUGGUUGGUUCACGUCCUCGGGAAAGCAGCCCCCCAUUCAUACGCCACCGCUUCAAGCGCUGGGCUUCAGCUUCGAAACACACGGAGUCCUAUCCAAGAAUUAUGCCAGCCAGACAGAACCAUAUCCCAGCAGGACAGAAACGCACUCCUUGCAAGAUCCGAACCUAACAGGCCGACGUUUUCCUUCGACCUGGCCAUCGACAACAAGGACUUUGUCUAUGGCAACCAAAGGAGGGACUACGCGGACUACUAGAAUUUAGAUUCAUCAAGAUGUUGUUAGAAGUCUUUGGAUGACUAUAUCUCAGACAAACACGAACAAAUUUGUGAAGGACCAACUC